CCAGCCAAUCAGCAUGCAGCACUGUUGGGGGAUUCCAUAGGCGCCCCGUUGGCUGUCGCUAGGAUACCACCUAAUCAGGAGGCUGCGUCCUGGUUGGUGGGUUGCUGGGUCUGGGAGCAGACUGGAGGGCAGUGAGGGAGACAAAGAGCAGCGUCGAUCAGCAGCCUCCCAGGGGAUGGGGCACCACGGCCCUGCAGAGAGGACACGCUGGGGGGGCCGCAGGAGGUACAGGAGAGCCAUACAGAAGGGCAGCAGGGGCUCCAGGGCGAGAAGGGGAGAGGGCACCAUGGAUAGUGACCAGGGGGCUGCAGCAUCCACUGCCACUGGGGCCACCUCCUCCACUACCUCCACCUCUACCAUGACUACCUCCCCCACCCCCUCCACCCCCUCCUCCUCAGCCCAGGGUGGGGUGGUGGUGAGUGGGGCUCCUGGAGGAGCAGGGAGGCAGGUCUCUCAGAUCUCUGUGUACAGUGGCAUCUCUGACCGGCAGACUGUUCAGGUGAUUCAGCAGGCUCUCCACAGGGGGCCCAGCUCAGCAGCUCAGUACCUGCAGCAGAUGUAUGCAGCCCAGCAGCAGCACCUCAUGCUGCAGACUGCAGCCCUGCAGCAGCAACACAGCCUGCAGACUGCAGCCCUGCAGCAGCAACACAGCCUGCAGAGUCUGGCCGCAGCACAGCAGGCCAGUCUAGCAGCAGGCCGACAGAGCUCCACUCAGCACAACGGAGGAUCAGCUCUCCAGCCUGGAGCUGCUGCUGGAACCAUCAACCUCUCCCCCUCCCCAGCUGCCCAGCUCAUCAGUCGGGCCCAAGGUGUUAGCUCAUCCCCCGCCACCAUUUCCCAGCAGACUGUGCUGCUGGGCCCGCAGUCCAGCCCCACCUUUGCCAGCCAGGCCCACAUGUACCUGCGGGCACAGAUGGCUCAGCAGAGUAACUUGGUCCAGGUGGCCAGGACUCUGGGCCGGGCUGUACCCCUCUCCCCCCAGCUCAUCUUCACCCCCACCGCCACCGUCACCGCUGUCCAAUCAGAGAGCUCCAGCAAGGUGGCCUCCUCCCAGGUCCAGAACCUGGCCCUCCGCGGCCCCCCGGGCCUCCAAGCCCUCAGCCUGAAGCAGAGCCCAGCCCCCAUCCAGCCCUCCACUCCCCCCAAAACCCCCAGCCAGGGGGCCCCCGGGGGGCCGGGGGGGAAGCCCGGCACGCCCGCACCCCUCUACGAGGGGGGUCGGAGGGGGGAGGCAGCGGCGGCUUCAGAGGGGCGGGCCCUGAACAUGAAGGGGGAGGCGGCUUCAGAGGGGCGGGCCCUGAACAUGAAGGGGGAGGCGGCUUCAGAGGGGCGGGCCCUGAACAUGAAGGGGGAGGCGGCUUCGGAGGGGCGGGCCCUGAACAUGAAGGGGGAGGCGGCUUCGGAGGGGCGGGCCCUGAACAUGAAGGGGGAGGCGGCUUCGGAGGGGCGGGCCCUGAACAUGAGCCGCAGUGUGACUGUGGGAAGGGGCUCUGCUGUUAUCGCUCCAGCCUACACCCAGAUCCAGCCCCACUCCCUGGUGAUCCACCACAAGCAGCAGUGCCACAUUCCUCAGAGAGCUCCUCUCCUCCAGACAGCCUCCAUCCAGCCUCACCUCCACACCCCCGGCCCUGUGCAGCCCCGACCAUCCGGCCCUCCCCAGGCCCCACCGGCCAGCUACCAGGCUCCACCGGCCAAUCACCAGGCCCCACCGGCCAAUCACCAAGCCCCACCGGCCAAUCACCAAGCCCCACCGGCAAGCCACCAGGCCACCAUCUUCCACUCCACCAUCAGCCCCCACCACACGCUCCACCCCGGCCUCAGCCAGGCCAAGGCCCAGCCCGUCCAGCUCACCCCCAUCAACCUCCAGAUCCAGCCCACCGCCUCGCAGGUCAGGGGCCAGGCGUCCCGAUUGGAUCAAGACAGCAAAGACAAGCCCACCUCAUUGGUGGUUAGAGAAACUCCGCCCCCUGCCGCCCAGCAGAGCCCCGCCCCCUCACCGGUCGCCAAGCCAUCCGAGCCUCCGAAGCCCGCCCCUGCCACGCCCAACUCCACCCCCGUGGCCACGCCCACCAGCCUCCCGUCAGCUCCGGCGGAGAGCUCAGCUUCGACCAAGCGCGUGAGCUCAACCCCAUCACCUGGAACGCGCUCUCCUCCGGCGAACAUGACCUCCGGAAACGAGAGCGAGGUGGCGCCUGUGGUGGCGGGAAGUGCGCCGCAGAACGGAGAGAACAAGCCCCCGCAGGCUAUCGUCAAGCCCCAGGUCCUAACACACGUCAUCGAGGGAUUCGUCAUCCAGGAGGGAGCAGAGCCGUUCCCCAUUGAGCGGUUCCCCCUCCUGGUGGACAGCCCUAAGAAGGACCAGCUCUCCUCUGACCCAGACAAGACCCCCGGCAGUAACCCUGACAACAGCACCGACUCUGAGGCUGAGGACCAAGAGCUGAAGGAGCAGGAGGAGGCAGAUGUUCCUAAACUCACCUGUGAGUACUGCGGCUGGGUGGACUUCAACUACAAGUUCAAGGGCUCCAAGAGGUUCUGCUCCAUGGUCUGUGCCAAGAGGUACAAUGUGGGCUGCACUAAGAGGAUGGGCCUGUUCCGCCCAGAGAGGAGCAAACCAACCAAUCGCUGGCGCAGGAGGUCUGUGGGCCGUCCCAGCGUGGAGGCCAAGAAGCAGAAGCUGUCCCCCACACCCUCACAGCCCCCCCGGGGGUCCACGGCCCCCCCCACACCCUCACAGCCCCCCCGGGGGUCCACGGCCCCCCCCCUCCCCUCCCAGCCCAACCAGGGGGAGUCCAGCCCCUGUUCAGACACGUCCAGCGACGAGGAGCCCCCCUCCCCCGCCUCCCCCCUGUCGGCCGCCAGCUCCGGGCCCCCCCAGGGGCCCCCCCAGGGGUUAACCCCCACGCACCACCCCGCAGGGAGGGGCUCUGAACAGGAAGCCAUGGAGCCGCCCCUCUCUCAGCACUUCAUGCCCACCGACGCCACCCAGUGGAAGGUGGGGGAGGUGUACCAGUUCAUCCGCUCUCUACCAGGCUGCCAGGAGAUAGCGGAGGAGUUCCGCUCGCAGGAGAUCGACGGCCAGGCUCUGCUGCUGCUGAAGGAGGACCACCUGAUGAGCGCCAUGAACAUCAAACUGGGUCCUGCUCUCAAGAUCUUCGCCAGCAUCAACAUGCUGAAAGAUUCCUAGCCAGGGGCCAUCUACAGGACUGGCUGCCAAUGUGUGUGUGUGUGUGUGUGUACGUGUGUGUGUGUACGUGUGUGUGUGUGUGUGGUGGGGGAGGAGAGUCUCACUCGCGGACAGGAUGUAAGACUCGUCACCAAAGCACUGAUAUCUCUGACUGCACUAGCAUAUCAGCUCUUCUCCUACCCCUCUGGUGCCCCCCCCCCCGGAGACUCCAACCCCGCUGCCCCCUCCCCCCCCCCCCCUCGGAGACUCCGCCCCAUGCUGGCUCCACCCCCUCCUGGCUCCACCCCUAGAGACUGUGCCCCUUGCUGGCUCCACCCAUAGAGACUCCGCCCCAUGCUGGCUCCACCCCCUCCUGGCUCCACCCCUAGAGACUCCGCCCCAUGCUGGCUCCACCCCCUGGAGACCCCGUCCCCUUCUGGCGCCAAUUGUGAUUCAUUUUCAGGGGAGUUGGAACAGAGAUAUUGUUACUAAAAUAAUAUUCUCCUGACGUGUAAUUGUGACUGAACAUAGGACUUCUUACCAUAGAUGGUGUUUUAUUUGAAGUUGUUACUUUGGUUAUUGGCAUCAAAACACAAGUGUGUAUGUCAGGGGUCACUGAAAAGCUUGUGGAACGUUGUGUUGGGGAGCAGAUAACGAGAGAAGUAUAUCGCUUUGGAAGAGGGUGUAGUUCAAAUGGGAGGGGGGGGUAAAUGUUUUUCUGUUUAGAGGCCUGACUAAAAGUUUGAGAAGCACUUCAGUUUAUUUUUCUUGCAAAACAUGCUCCUUAGUUCUCGUUUUCAAGGGAAGGUACUUUUUCUGUCUCAAUCUCUUGCUCUCUUUCUCUCUCCCUCUCCCCCUCUCCCUCUCCCUCCAAAGUGAUUUACCCAAAUGCGUCCAAACUUGUUCAAGCCAUGUGUGCUGGGACGUGUGGCACAGGAAGCACAGACCUGGGUGGAGACACACCAACUCAAGGGUCUCAGUCACAGGACAUCCUAAACCCAGAUGGAAAUGACCAAGCAACGCUAUCUUCAGAAGAGACUGCUGAAUGUGUGAAUUAAGGAAUAACAUGCCUGUGUUUUGCUUUUUAAGUUAUUCAUGUUUUAUAAUAAAAGGUGUUGUUUAAUAUUUUGAAAUAUGCAAAUUUAUGUGUAAAUAUCGUCCGGUUUCAAGGGAGUUUUUGUGUUUUUUUAUAAAGUUCUUAUCUUGGUCUUUGUCUGUUUGUACUUUGUGGUCAUGUGAUGGUAAACGAAGUUUUUGACUUUUGAGAUGCUUUGUAAAAUGCCUGUAUUUAUCAAAGAACGAAUUUGUAACGCAAACUUUUUUCCAAUGAUAAAUAAUCUGCAACAUAAA